GGGGGCGGCUCCGGCUCGGGCUGGUUGGGAAGGGUUAAAGAGGCGAGUUUGUGGGUCGCCGACGGUCCGGCUGCCCCCGCCUCCUUCCGUCUGAUCCGCGCUCUCCCGCGGCUGCGCCGGCUCGGCCGCCCGGGAGACAAAGCACCGCCGCUGCCGCCGCCUCAACCGAGCAGGUCCCGGGCCAUGGCCGGGCCGCUCCCCGGCUCCGCGUCUCCCGUCCCGCCACUGCUGCCGUCGCCCUAGGCCGCGCCGUGAGGUUUUUGAGCACCAACUACAUGCCAGGCACUGGAAUUCAGACAAAGAACCUCUGCCCUCCUAGAGCAGGCAAAAAUGACCCAGAUGUGGAAGCAGAGGCCCAGAGGGGCUUAAAGCUUGCCCGGGGUCACACAGCCUGGACACUACAGAGCUGACAUUUGAACCCAGAGAAGAGCCAGCUGAAACCAGAACUGAGCAGAGGGCAGGGAAGUGAGCAGUGGCCUGAGAGGUCCCGAGCCCCCAGGCCCCGCCGCCAUGAAGUUGAACGAGCGCAGCCUGGCCUUCUACGCCACCUGCGACGCCCCGGCCGACAACGCGGGCUUCCUGUACAAGAAGGGCGGCCGGCACGCGGCCUACCACCGCCGCUGGUUUGUGCUGCGCGGCAACAUGCUCUUCUACUUCGAGGACGCGGCCAGCCGUGAGCCCGUGGGCGUCAUCAUCCUGGAGGGCUGCACCGUGGAGCUGGUGGAGGCGGCCGAGGAGUUCGCCUUCGCCGUGCGCUUCGCUGGGGCCCGGGCCCGCGCCUACGUGCUGGCGGCCGAGAGCCAGGCCGCCAUGGAGGGCUGGGUGAAGGCGCUGUCGCGGGCCAGCUUCGACUACCUGCGGCUGGUGGUGCGCGAGCUGGAGCAGCAGCUGGCGGCCGUGCGCGCAGGCGGCGGCCCAGUUCCGCCCCGUCGACCCCGCGCGCUCCCGCCCAAAGAGAACGGCUGUGCCGUGUGGAGUGCGGAGACGCCCGCCGCCCCCGGCCCCGGCCCCGGCCCCGCCCCCGCCGGUGCCGCCCCCAGCCCCCGGCCGGGCCUCGAGCCCCCGCCACUGCCGCCCCGCCGGCGGGCCUCGGCGCCCAACGGGCCUGUCGACUCGACCUCCUUCGCCCAGCUGCACGAGUGGUACGGGCAGGAGGUCAGGGCGCUGAGGAGCCAGUGGCUCCGCAGCCAGGCCCAGCCCUGAGGAUAGGGCUGAGGGCCGGAACCAAGGGGAAGCGGUCAAGAGCAGCCCUGAGGUCAGCACUGGCCCUGGUUCUGGUGCCACUCCAGCCCCAGGCCCUGCUGUGACAGGCCCAGCCCUGAGACACGGGGACCUGGCCCUGAGGGCAGUCGCAGUCGGACUGAGCCCGGAGGUCCCUGCCUGGUCUGCUCUCGGGGACUCAGGCUCUGAGAAGAUGCUGGGUUCUGAGGGGGUGCUUUGGGACCUCUGUCAUUCAGAGAAAGCCCAGCCGUGAGGAGGCCAUCGUGCCUGACCCUCAGGAGAAUCCAGGCCCUGGGUGAUCCUCAAGCAGCCGGAGGGCGGGUUUUGUGGGAACUCUAGCCCCCAACCCAGCCCUGCAGGUGCCUCGGUCGCCUGUCCCGAAUCGCCUAGCAGAGGCUUGUUGCUGGCAACAGGCCUCCACUGGGGCAGCUGGGACCUGUGAGGAUCUGUGGCCUGGAAGGCACAUGCCCAGUCAGCGCUGGUCCAGAGGCUCCAGACUGGCCUCGCGCGGACAGGAGGCCGGGCUGUGCUACACCGCACCUGGGCCUGACCCUCUGGCUCCAGGGCCCGCCGGAGGAGCUGCCUGGCUGCUGGCCGCCGGCUGCCUCCGUAAGCGUGGGCUUUCCUGUGUGCCCAGCACCGUGAGAUGGCCUGGUCCCCGGGGCUCCCGGCCCGGAGUGAGGCCGAGGCAGGACUUUCCCCCCGGGGCCUCAGCCAGGCCUUGGGGUGGUGCUCCUGGGACAGUAGCGGCCCUCUGGCCUUGGGCCAUGUCUGUGCUCCUGUGGCAGCUCUCACGCUCUCCCAACACUCCUUAACCACAUCCUGUCUUUUCCCGAAGCCAGCUCUCCCACCCCCAGCCUGGGGCAGGGCCUCUCAGGAGCUCGCCUGACCUUGUCCAGGCCUGGGCUGGGCAGCUGUGGCCUGAGCUGACUUUCCAGCAGGUUGCCCUAGGGAGGGGCCAUGAGCUGACUCACAGCCCAGAAAGGGCCCAGGUGCCAAUCUGAUAGGGACAAAGAAGCAGCUGCAAAGCCGUAUUUGGCUUCCAGAACCCUCUCCCUCCAUCGCAGCCCCUCUCUGAGCUCACAGACUCAGCCCCCUUCUCGCCCACAAUGUUCCAAGAGGGAGACCAGGUCUCGCUUUGCUUCGAGACCAGCUUCUGUUUUUCACUCACUACAGUGGCCAUUCUUCAUCCAGGGAGAAUCUCAGGGGGCUGGGGCACCCCUGGCCCUCAAGCUGGGUCAUGUUUACAGUCCUCAGUGCCCCCAAGUUGGGACCCCCUGAGGACACCCCUGCCCUAAUCUUUACUUCCCCGGAGGCUCCCUCUUGGUGACAGACAGACUUGGCCCUUAGCCCCUUCCUGCUGCCUUUGGAGACCUUGGGGCUUGGGGAAGAAUGGGGGGCUGUCUGUGUGUCUGCAAUCACCAGCUCACUGCUGGCUCAGUUGACUGGAGCUUCAGUUUUAAUUUAAAUACUUCGGGUGUUUUUUUUCCUAGCAACAAAGCUUGGUGUUUCACUGCUUUUGUUUCUUGUUGGCUGGUGGGAAGGGAUAGGGUGUCCUGGUUCUGGGUUUGGCCAGUGAGGGAGGGGGGAUAGUUGGCACUGCCCCCAGGGAGAGGGCAAGGAGCUUUGGCUGGAGACAAAGGAACCUCAAGAAUCUCACCUGGUUCUUUGCCUUCUCCCUGGCAAGCCCUACUCUCCUGCAGGUGCUCUGGGGGUCUUGGUACGCUUUCCAUGCCCCUCUUCCUCAAGUCCUCAGUGGUGGGGAUGGGGAUGGCAGCUCUUGUCCAUAGGCUUUGGGUCUCAGGGGGUGUUAGGAACUACCCAAUGCCCAUGUCCUGGCCAGACCUAGAUGGUGUGGUGAGGUGUUGGCCCCAGUCCUGGUGUACGUUUACAAGCACUAAAGGUACAAUCUCCCCCCACCCACCCCCAAAGCACAACCUGCGUCAGGCUGCCUCCGGGGUUGGGCGGGGGAGAGAUAUCAGGCAGCCUGGGAGAGGGAUAUAAAGGCUAAAAUAAAAUAAACAAAGGUUUGUCAAGUAAUGGCUGGUUAUAUCAUUCUUUUCCCCCCAUCAAAGUCCUGGAUUGAUUUGCCUGGCAGAUC